AUGGAAAGCAUGAGAAGCCGAUUUUGCUCUACGCUUGGGCAGGUUUACAAGAUAAUUGGGUCCUCGCCUCUAGUUCCUGUGUUUUUGUCUCUAACAUACUUCACAAGGGGAAUAAAGACAGGAUACUACACAUACGGAAUAAUUGCAUCGGGAAUUCUGCUGGGACUGUCUCUAUAUGUCGUCGAAUACAUAGGAAAGAAAAGAGAGGAAGAAGAAAGACCGAAGUCUUUGGGGGACAUAUCGAAGGGAUUUUCAAGGCCGUUAUCUGAGGCUGUCGAUGUGUUGGCAAUAUUGUCGAAGUACACAACGCUUCUCAUCAUAGUAGAUGUAUUUUUCAAUGUGCUGUUCAUCUACUUCCCCUUUCUGGACGAGAUCAGGAAAUCGAUGGCUGUAUACAAGAUAUUAUUUGGCCUGGGAUCUGCGUUGGUGGGGCUGACCUUAUAUGUUUUUUCUACGUUCAGCAGGAAGAUGUUUCUUGCCGUCUCCGCGUCGGCCAGUAUUCUCUUUGUAGCUGCAGUGGUGAUUGGAUACUUCCUAGGGAUGAACUCUGCCCUUUCGAAGCCGUCGUACUCUCGGGGAAAUCUUCUCCCAUCAUUCUUCUGGGUAACCACCAUAGCAUUCUAUACGAUGGAGUUCGUGUCCGGGGGAGUCAAGAUCGUAGGCGAGUCGACGCACAGGGAGAGUGCAAAGUAUGUAGCUGCUGGAAGCAUGCUAUCUGUUUCUGGAAUGUAUCUGAUUCUACUGCACUCGGCAGGAUGGAUAAGAUCCAACUACAACUCGCUUGACAUCCUAAAUCUCAUAUUCCUCAAGUCAUCCAAGCUUAACACUUACCUGCGAAAGUCCACGAUUGAUAAGUAUUGCAUUACAACCAAGGCGAUGUGCAUCUUCAUUCCAGUCAUAUGCAUUUCUCUGUUUGUGACGCAGUUUGAUGCCUUCAUUGAGUCCUUCAAGAACUUGGUGAACGCAGAAAAUGACAACAAGCUAUGGCUCCUGUCUCUCCUUAUGUUGAGUAUAGUAUUUAUACAGGUCUUAUUCAAUGAAAUGAUAGGGACAUUCCACUUCUAUGUGGUGCUGGUCGUGAUUGGAAUGACUCCCCUGCUAGUAUAUCAUCCAUUCAUAUGCUAUAUCUUUGCAUCUCGAAAGAUCAAGUUCUUCACAGCAGUCUGCAUCCUUGCAAUAAUAUUCACAAGCGCGACCCUGGUAGGAACCAUAAGGACACUGAUAGACAUUCUACAGAAGAAUUGA